CGCAGAGGCACAGCGGAAUCCGCACCUCCGUCCGCGGUAGCAACUGAAGAACUGCAGGAGACUAUCUUUCCGGACGCGGCGCCGGCGGAGAGCGCUUGCAGGGGUUGGCCUGCUGCAGUGUGCACCGCGGGGACGCCGCCGCGCGUGGAGGCUAUUGCCCAGAGGAGAAGAUGUUUGGUUUUCACAAACCGAAGAUGUACCGGAGCAUAGAGGGCUGCUGUAUCUGCAGGGCCAAGUCCUCCAGCUCCCGGUUCACAGACAGCAAGCGCUACGAAAAGGACUUCCAGAGCUGCUUUGGGUUGCAUGAGACUCGCUCAGGAGACAUCUGCAAUGCCUGUGUGCUGCUUGUGAAAAGAUGGAAGAAGUUGCCAGCAGGAUCAAAAAAAAACUGGAACCAUGUGGUAGAUGCAAGAGCAGGACCCAGUCUAAAGACAACACUGAAACCAAAGAAAGUGAAAACUCUGUCUGGAAACCGGAUGAAAAGCAACCAGAUCAGUAAACUGCAGAAGGAGUUUAAACGUCACAACUCGGAUGCUCACAGUACCACCUCAAGUGCCUCUCCAGCCCAGUCUCCGUGCUACAGCAACCAGUCAGACGACGGCUCAGACACAGAAAUGGCGUCCAGCUCUAAUAGAACCCCGGUGUUUUCCUUUUUAGAUCUUACCUACUGGAAAAGACAGAAGGUCUGUUGUGGGAUCAUCUACAAGGGCCGCUUUGGCGAAGUCCUCAUUGACACGCACCUCUUCAAGCCUUGCUGCAGCAGUAAGAAAGCUGCUGCGGAGAAGCCCGAGGAGCAGAGCCCGGCGCCUCUGCCCAUCUCCCCUCAGGAGUGGUGACAGAGGUUCAUGCACAGGGGAACAAAGAGCAAUUUAAACUUUGAAAAGACCACAAAACAAACUGACCCUCCUAUUUUUAACUUGGAUAACUGCUAUUCUGCCAAAAGACGUUUUCUAGAGUAGUUUUUAAUGGGUUACCUCCUUAACCCCCGCCCAGCAAACUGAAGCCAGUCUGUAGCUCACUGCAAGAAAAGAGAACUGUACAUAAUAUUUAAGAUGCUGAGUAUUUCAUAGGAAAGCUGAAUGCUGCUGUAAAGUGCUCUUUAAGUCUUUUUUUAAUGCCCUCUAAUGAAUGAAAUUAGGGGAAUUUCAGGGGACAGAGAUGGGAUUUGUUGUGUGAUAACCCAUAUGUAGUUUAGUCUUUUCUGUGGAGAGGCAGUGGUUGGGGCAUUUUUUUAAUGGCUGGCUACAUUUGUUUUCCCUCAUGAUGCUUUGUCAUAACUCAGUAGCAUGAUCUGCCCCUAGUGGUAGUUAAAAAUGUAAAUGCUAAGGUGUUGCCAAGGUUCUGAUGAUUCAGACCCGUACUACUGAUUAUUAAGCAGGACAGAUUGAGCUUUCUGCAAAUAGCUUGUAGGAGGAAGCAAGUUCUGAACCCACAGGUAGCAAUAUUGCCUCCCUUAUCUCAGUAUCUGAUAAAAGACUAUGUGAAUCUUG